CAGCUCGGUCAAUGUCAUUAAAACGUGUUUAAUUAGUAAUUUAUUCAAAAAUAUUCAAAUUUCAAACCCUCUCAUGACCCUUUCGCAUGCUUCAUUAAAAUUUGGGAAUCACUGGCCAUCCACCUGAUAACUGAUGUAAUAAUUUCCCAGCUAACGUACUAACGUCGUUCAGUUUUUCUCCUGCAAGAUUUCGAUAGAUUUGUUUUGUUGUGCCGGUAUCGUGUUGUAAAUCUGAAUCAAGAGAAUAUAAUUUGAGUAUUUAUUCAUUUCCUCUCAAAAGUAUAUGCUUUAAAGUGUUCAUCAUGUUCAGGAAGAUAGCAAUCAAUUCCUUGAGACAGACGUCCAAGUUUAAACCAUUACAAGCAGCAAUACUUUCUACUGAGCUGUCAACUCGGAAUUAUUCUCGUGCUCGACCGAUUAAUACCGUAAUUAUGUUCGUACCUCAGCAGGAAGCUUGGGUUGUCGAACGGAUGGGAAAAUUCAACAGGAUAUUAGAACCGGGUUUGAAUAUUCUGUUGCCAAUCGUCGAUAAAGUGAAAUACGUCCAGAGUUUGAAAGAAAUCGCUAUCGAAGUACCUCAGCAAAGUGCCAUCACUUCAGAUAAUGUGACCUUGUCUCUCGAUGGUGUUUUGUAUUUGAGAAUUCUCGACCCUUAUAAAGCGAGUUAUGGCGUCGAAGAUCCCGAAUUUGCGAUUACUCAAUUAGCUCAGACGACCAUGAGAUCAGAAUUAGGUAAAAUAGCCUUGGAUAAAGUAUUCAGAGAACGAGAAAGCUUAAACUUCAGCAUAGUCGAAUCAAUCAACAAAGCCAGCGAAGCCUGGGGUAUCACUUGUUUUAGAUAUGAAAUCAGGGAUAUUAAACUGCCAAACAGAGUGCAAGAAGCUAUGCAAAUGCAAGUCGAAGCCGAACGUAAGAAAAGAGCCGCUAUUCUAGAAUCCGAAGGUAAAAGAGAAGCAGAAAUAAACAUCGCCGAAGGAUUACGUCAGGCUAAAAUUUUACAAUCUGAGGCUGAACAACAAGAGCAAAUAAACAGAGCCAAUGGAGAAGCUCGUGCUAUAUUAGCUGUCGCUGAAGCCGAAGCUAAACGUAUCGCAGUUAUUGCUAAAUCCAUCGAAGAUAACGAGUAUAGUAUGGAUGCUGCAUCUUUAUCGGUAGCCCAGCAUUAUGUUUCGGCGUUUAGUAAUUUGGCCAAAACCAAUAACAGUUUGAUUUUAUCCAACGACGUUGGAGAUAUUCCUAAAGCCGUUUCUUCGGCAAUGGCGAUAUUCCAUAAAGUGAGCGAGAAGGUAGAUUCUAAUCAAAAUGAUAAGUCGCAGGAGUCUUGAAGAGGGUCGCUGGUGUUCAAUUGUACAUCUCAUUAUUACCUUAUCGCAUGUUUUUAUGUUUUUUUCCUCCGUAUAUUAAUUCGUAAUUGUUGGAUGUUAAGAAGUUAAGUGAGUGAAAUAAAUUUAUUUUUGUAAUUAAA